CUUACCGAAAAUGCAGUGCCUGAACCAGAAGCCGUUUACAUCAACUCGGUCGGCCAUCUCUGGGCCCCGCCGGGUGGUGAGGUGCAAUUCGCACUUGCGCCAUUCGGAGAGCGGUUUGAAGGUCGCGGCUGGAGCGACAGCUUUGUCUGCAUUAGCUACACCUGCUGCUCAUGCUGCUGAGAUUUUUAGUUCGGCGAACGGCCUGGAUGGCUCGCUCACGCUUGCGGUCGGGGGCGGAGUGGCAAUUGCCGGCUUGGGGGCACUUUUGGUUGCCACGGAUCCACAGAAGAGGCGCUCGGAACAAAUGGCGCAAACUGGCGGCGACGAGAAGGAAGCGGUGAAGAACUACUUCAACACAGCGGGUUACGAGCGGUGGCGGAAGAUUUACGGCGAGACGAGCGAGGUGAACAAGGUGCAGCUGGACAUCCGCACGGGCCACGCUCAGACGGUGGACAAGGUGCUGCGCUGGGUGGACGAGGAGGGCAGCAUGGAGGGCCUUACGGUGUGCGAUGCAGGCUGCGGGACAGGCAGCCUCGCCAUCCCGCUGGCUCUGCGCGGCGCACUGGUGUCCGCCAGCGACAUCAGCGGCGCCAUGGCGGGCGAGGCGGAGCGGCGCUACCAGGAGGCGGUGGUGCACACCGGCGCCAAGCGGCCCAAGGUGGCGCCCAAGUUUGAGGCAAUGGACCUGGAGUCCAUCCAAGGCAAGUACAACACGGUGUGCUGCCUGGACGUCAUGAUCCACUACCCGCAGGACAAGGUGGACGCCAUGAUCACCCACCUGGCGUCACUGGCAGAUAAGCGCCUCAUCAUCUCCUUCGCACCCAAGACGCUGUCCUACAGCAUACUGAAGCGCAUUGGAGAGCUGUUCCCAGGGCCAAGCAAGGCAACACGGGCGUACCUACACCGUGAGGAGGAUGUGGAGGCCGCGCUUCAGCGCGCAGGUUUCAAGGUCGUUAAGCGGGAAAUGACGGCUACGAGCUUCUACUUCUCCCGCCUGCUCGAGGCGGUGCGCGUGUAGAAGGCAACCACCAGCGGUCAGCCAUGAAGGCUUGGGUGCCUGUUGUGCGGUUCUGUAACAUUAAUGCUGACGAAUGCCGAUCCUGUCAGUUUCUUCUCCAGUAGUGGUGGUGGUGGCAUAGGAGUGCAAGUCACGAAGGCAGGUCAAACACUGGGUGACGUACGCUGUACCGACACCGUAGAAACCAGCUACGUUGCCAAAUCCUAUGUAAAAAUGCCGAUGCUGGGUGGAUAUACUUGCAUAAUUGCUGUGCUUUUGCUAACGGCAUGUACUGUCAGCAGAUUUCGGAUUUUCCAAAUGUUACUAAGCUGUAACUGUUCCUGAGACGGUGAGCUUGUUCCGCACAUUCAUGUUUAGCAACUAAUAGCAGUCGCGAUUGCAUGACCAUAGUUCAGCGUAAUGGUGUUUACAGGUGAAUAGGAAGAGUCAAAGGUACACGCAAGCGGUCACGCCAAACCACUGUGUUCCCCUGGAUCAAUUUGCCAAGCGCCAGCUACAACACCCCGCCGCAUCACCCAGGGCUUGCGGACGGUCACUGCUGAGAAUGAAAGCGAAGCAACAGAACCUCUUCCUACCCUUCUCCCUUGACCACCAGAAGCAAAGCAUUGCCAACGACAGCGCGAUCUUCGCCCAUCGACUGGAUCAGAGCACGACAGGAUCUGACCAUGCGGCAACGCCUCAGCCCUGCCCAAGCCGUACACGUUUGUACGCAACGAUGCUGCUGCGACUACAUGCCCAGCGAGGGCCGCGGCAUAGGCGGCCUACUUGUGGGUCACGGUCACCACCUUGCCGAGCAUGACGGCGGUGUUGCCGUCCAGGAAGGCAAUGCGGGACAGACCCUCGCAGUUCUUGAACGAGUCCACAAUCAGGGGCUGGGUGGGCUCGAAGACGACCUGGGCCAUCUCGUUAGCCUUCAGGCCAACGGGGGCCUCCAUCUUCUUGCCGCCAGUCUCCUUGCCGACCUUCCAGUCGAUGUUGGAGAUGCGGCAGGCGGAGCGGCCGCAGCGCACGAAGCCGAUGGGGGAGUAGCCCUUCUUGACCUCGCCGGGGAUAUCCAGGGUCUGGAUCUGGGCGGUGAAGUCCUUGACGAUCUUCAGGGAAGCGUCGGACUUCAGGAUCAUCACAUCGCCGGUGCGGGGCAUGUUGCCCUUGUCCAGACC